ACCAUUUUCCACUGCGCUUUCCCCUAACCUUAUUGUGGUAUUGUGCUGCAAAAACACAAUCGUGUCUAAAUUGUGUUUGUGCACCGAAACUCACAGACAAUUUGAAUAAGAAUUCAAUUAAAAAAUAAGUAAUUAUUUUGAAUUUCAAGGAGAUCUGAGUUCUAGUAAAAAUGGUGAAAUUAACGCCGGAUCUUAUCCAGCAGUCGAUGCAAUAUAUAAACCCUGUCCGGGAUCGAGAAUUGGAUCUUAGAGGUUAUAAAAUUCCAACAAUCGAGAAUUUGGGGGCAACGCUGGAUCAAUUCGACACAAUCGACUUUUCCGACAACGACAUUCGUAAACUAGAUGGAUUUCCGCUUCUAAAACGUAUAAAAACUCUAUUCUUCAACAACAAUCGAAUUGUGAGGAUCUCGGAGGGUUUAGAACAAUGCAUUCCAAACCUCGAAACGUUGAUGCUGACAGGAAACAUGCUACAAGAGCUGGGGGAUUUAGAUCCUCUCAUCCCCCUGAAGAACCUUCAAAACGUUUGUCUUCUGCAAAACCCAGUGUCCGCCAAGCCUCAAUACAGACAGUACCUGAUCUAUAGGCUUCCUCAAUUACGUCUCUUAGACUUCAGGAAGAUAAAGCAAAAAGAACGGCAGGCGGCUAUCGAGUAUUUCAGAAGUAAGACUGGAAAGGAUAUGGCUAGAGAAAUUGCCAAGAAGGCGAAGAUGCAGGCGAUGAUGGGAAUGCCUGAGAAACCAACAAUGAGCAGUGAAGAGAGAAACAAAAUCGAAAAAGCUAUUAAUAGUGCCUCAAGUUUGGAAGAAGUCAAGAGACUCAGCAAAUUGUUACAAUCUGGAUUAAUCCCUGGAGAUGGCCAGCAUGAGAAUGGAGAAAAUGGCGCAGAAGCUAUGGAGGAAGAUGAUGAGUAAUCGUAAGAAUCCAAUAAUAAGACUUUUUUAAUUAAAAUAUGAAAAGUUAAGACCUACCUUUCAGGUAAGUGUAUUGAAUCCUAAUUUGUAUUUAAGUCGAAUCAGUUAUUAAGUUUAUAAAUGACCAUAUACUACACAAAGAUUGAGCUCUUGAAAAUUUAAUUAUUCGAGUCGUUUCAAUUGUUAAUGGUUCUGAAUAAUGUAAAUUAAAGUGGUACGAAGCUAUUUUUAUAAUGGAAUUAAAUAUGUUGAUCGAAUUCAAUUUUCCUUCUGUUUGCAGAAAUUUUCAAAUGGAAUCGCUACGAUGGUUUAUAUGAUAAUUUGGAGAAUUUCACGAUUGAUAAGAAAUAGAAUAAAGUCUUUCUUAUGAAUGAGUAUUAUAAUUUUUCGAGUUCAGUAGAGUCAUGCAAAUUUACUGAAUAAAUUCUUUUUGUACAUAA